AUGGAUCAACAAGCAGUCGAUGUAGAUAACAUUAUCGAUAGAUUACUAGAAGUUCGAGGCUCCAAGCCAGGACAACAAGUGGAUUUGGAAGAACAUGAGAUUAGAUAUCUCUGUUCCAAGGCAAGAUCUAUUUUCAUUAAACAACCAAUCUUAUUAGAAUUGGAAGCACCAAUUAAGAUUUGUGGUGAUAUUCACGGUCAAUAUUACGAUUUAUUGCGUCUCUUCGAAUAUGGUGGAUUUCCACCAGAGUCAAACUAUUUAUUCUUAGGUGAUUAUGUUGAUCGUGGUAAACAAUCUUUAGAAACAAUUUGUCUGUUACUUGCUUACAAGAUUAAAUAUCCUGAAAAUUUCUUUAUCUUAAGAGGUAAUCACGAAUGUGCCUCCAUUAAUAGAAUUUAUGGGUUUUAUGAUGAAUGUAAAAGACGUUAUAAUAUCAAACUUUGGAAAACUUUCACAGAUUGUUUUAACUGUUUGCCAAUUGCUGCAAUCAUCGACGAAAAGAUCUUCUGUAUGCAUGGUGGGUUAUCACCUGAUUUAAAUAGUAUGGAACAAAUUAGAAGAGUCAUGAGACCAACUGAUAUCCCAGAUGUCGGUUUGUUAUGUGAUUUAUUAUGGUCUGACCCAGAUAAAGAUAUUGUCGGUUGGAGUGAAAAUGAUAGAGGUGUUUCAUUUACUUUUGGUCCUGAUGUCGUUAAUAGAUUUUUACAAAAGCAAGAUAUGGAAUUGAUUUGUAGAGCACAUCAAGUCGUGGAAGAUGGUUAUGAAUUCUUUAGUAAGAGGCAAUUAGUAACGCUUUUCAGUGCUCCAAAUUAUUGUGGUGAAUUCGAUAAUGCCGGUGCAAUGAUGAGUGUGGAUGAAAGUUUGUUAUGUUCAUUCCAAAUUUUGAAACCUGCACAAAAGAGUUUGCCAAGGCAACAAGGUGGUAGAAAGAAGAAAUAA